UCUAUAUAUUGCCUUUUCUUUGUUUCUCUAGCUACUAGUUUAGCUAACUUCUCAUUCAUUGCUCACGCCCAUUGAUUAAAAAGGUACAGGGUAGCAAGAGAGCUAGCUAGCUGCUGCAAUGGAAUCAUCCUGGGGAGGCACUUCUCUUGCCCUUGACCUCAACCUUAAUCCUGCCGCCCGCUGCUCCCCCGCCGCCGCGGCUGCCCCACCUGCUCCGUUGAACGAGUCGGGUUUUUUUGAUUUGGAAAGGACGCUCUCCGUGAAAGAAGAGGGAAGUAAAAGAAGAUUUAAUUGGGCAUGCAAGGAGUAUGCGGAUAACAUGUCUUCAAAAGAAUUUCCUCAGGCAAAUGUGUUGAUCGAAGAGUUGAAACGGGUUAGUCAUGAGAACAAGAGACUAACCGAAAUGUUAACUGCCAUGUGCCAAAGCUACAAUGCUUUGCAAAGUCAUUUGAUGGAUUUGAUGAGCAAGAAUUCCGAAAAAGAACAAACUCAGUCUCGAAAGAGAAAAGCUCAUCAGAUCAUCAGCAAUUGCAGCAACAUGGUCGGACCUAUUGGAAAUACUGAGAGCACCUCUAGUGACAAUGAUUCAUGUAAGAAACCAAUUAGAGAAAAUAUCAAAGGGAGCGUUUCAAGAGUUGUCCUUCGGACCGAUAAAUCUGAUACAAGCCUGGUGGUGAAGGAUGGGUAUCAAUGGAGAAAAUAUGGUCAAAAGGUUACGAGAGAUAACCCAUCUCCUAGGGCUUACUUCAAGUGCUCCUCUGCCCCAAGCUGCCCGGUCAAGAAGAAGGUGCAAAGAAGUUUUGAAGAUGCAACAGUAUUGAUAGCCACAUACGAAGGGGAGCACAACCAUUUGCAGCCUUCUCAAGGUGGGGUGACAUUGCUAGAAUCCAACCAGGUUGGUUCGGCCCCAGCCGCUGCUAGUCCGAUUGCUGCAAGCCGUUCAUCAAGCCUUUCUUUGAAUCUUGAUUUGGUUCAGCAUAGAGGGCUACAUGAAGAUCGGGAUCGAUCAAGAAAGGUGGUCGUCCACGGAAAUGAGGCACCAAUAGUGCUCCAACAAUCUUUGGCUGAGCAGAUGGCUUCUUCCUUGACAAGAAAUCCCAGUUUCACCACAGCGCUUGCAACAGCCAUUUUUGGGAGAUUUUUUGACCAUUAUGAGACAUAAAAAUGGUGAUCUGAGGAGCUGCAAUAUGUGUACAAGCUAGAUGAAUUUUUAUUUGUGUUCAAUAUGCUUUUCCUUGGCCGUUUGGAAU